AAGCAACCCAUAAAACACAUCAAGCUAGCCAUGGACUGGUUUUCAUGGCUAUCAAAAUCUAACCUUGAACCUCCAUUCAUUCACGAAUACGCAAUCGCUUUCUCGCAAAAUCAACUCGAAGAAGACGACAUUGCGUAUCUCAACCACGAGUUUCUUCAAAGCAUGGGAAUCUCCAUAGCCAAACACAGGCUUGAGAUUCUCAAGCUCGCUAGAAAGUCAUCUGGUUCACACCCAAUGGCUAAACUAAUUGCGGCCAUCAAGAAAUCCAAGAGAACAUUGGCUCGAUAUGUUCGAACAUGGAUUCAUCGCAACGAUUCGGCUAUGGUUAUGGUCAAGACAAGGAGCUAUAGCACGAGAUGGAAAGCUGCCAUGGUGAAGAGAAGUAACAGAUUGGUGAUGAAUAAACGACCGGCAACUCUCCUGAUCACCAACGGCUACCGGCCGGUGGUGGGAUAUGGUGGUGAUAAAGUGAAUAGCCUUGGAGGUUCUUUGGUUUAUGAUCUCCGGCAUGAUGAGAGUAAGGAAGACAGUGGUGAGUAUGGAGAGAAUUUGUUUAGUGAUGAUGAAGACGGCGGCGGUUACCGCGGCAGAGGUGGUGGUGGUGGUGGAUAUUGGUUUGGUAGAAGUGUUGAAGAGAUCAAAUGGGAUGCCAUGUUUCAGAACUUGAAACCAACUUAGGGGUGUUUGAGAUUGUUUGAUAGAACUGUUUAUAAUUAGUUUUGAAUAAUCAGUUUAUUUAUUUAUUAUAGAUUUAUUAUAAUUAUAAUCAGUAGUAUAUUUGUUUGUUCAAAUGAUUGUAUUAUUAUUUUAUUUUAUUUUAUUUAAUAUGUAAAUUUAUGAUAUUUUAAA